UUCGGGAACACCUGGCGCCAUCACGAUAAACAAGUCCCUGCUGUACAAUGUAUCUACCGCGUAUAUCUUUCUGAAGAUAUUCGCGACAGUUAUCAUCACCGAUAUAGGACACAUGUCGCCGAAGAGCGGGGGCUCACUGAUGGGCAUGAAUGUCGGCGAUUCCACGGCACCAAGAGAGCGUGUGCUCUCGGCGACAAUGGCCACAAGAAGUUGUGCGACAGACAGGAUUGCUCCCUUUGCGGGAUCAUUCGGACCUCGUUUAAAAUUGAGUUUUCUGGUGCAAAUAAACCAUGGAAGGGCCUGAGCACGGGCAGAUUUGGCCGCGGAAUCUAUACGUCUGCUACUUCAUCGAAGGCAGAUGAUUACUCUUGGAACGUGCCUCCCAAUACUUCGCCAUACAACAAGACAAUGCUACUAACGAAGGUCGUCGUCGGCAAAGCUAAGAAAUUGCAUCAUAACGACCCUCCUCUUACUUCCCCACCGGACGGUUACGAUAGCGUACCCGAGCAGCCUGGCAUGGGAGACUUGAACUACGAUGAACUGGUUGUUUACAACAACUACGCUGUGAUACCUGCAUAUCUGAUCGUCUACGCCGGGGGGAAGUUUGGGGACGCGCCGAGACAACGUUGUGGCUCUGAGGUCGAUGGAGGCGCUUGA